UAAUCAGGGACUGAUUUAGACCUGGGACACCAGGUGGGUGAUUCCCCUCUAAUCAGGGACUGAUUUAGACCAGGGACUCCAGGUGGGUGAUUCCCCUCUAAUCAGGGACUGAUUUAGACCUGGGACUUCAGGUGGUUGCAAUGAAUUAGCAGGGUCGUGGGGUCAGAGUUGAAUGUCCCUGCUAUAGACUAUAAAUUGUUCUUAUUUUCCCUGAACACCUCAGAGAGAAGGUGAGCUUCUAAAUGUUUUUUCAAAGCUUUGUUCUAAAAUGUGCUUUUCCUGGAUUAAAGACUCAAGGUUGCCCAUUUUGUUUUUAACACCCUUCCAUGUCUGUGUCCCAAAUGGCCCCACGCUGCUCCACCUUGUUGUCUGUCCAACCCCACCACGCUGCUCCACCUUGUGGUCUGCCCCCCAACCCCACCACGCUGCUCCACCUUGUGGUCUGCCCCCAACCCCACCACGCUGCUCCACCUUGUGGUCUGCCCCCCAACCCCACCACGCUGCUCCACCUUGUGGUCUGCCCCCCAACCCCACCACGCUGCUCCACCUUGUGGUCUGCCCCCCAACCCCACCACGCUGCUCCACCUUGUGGGCUGCCCCCAACCCCACCACGCUGCUCCACCUUGUGGGCUGCCCCCAACCCCACCACGCUGCUCCACCUUGUGGUCUGCCCCCCAACCCCCAUGCUGCUCCACUUUGUGGUCUGGCCCCCAACCCCACCACGCUGCUCCACCUUGUCGGCUGCCCCCCCCCCCAUCCCACCGUACUCAGCAGCACCACCUUGUUUGAAAAUGUGAGGACCCGCUAUUCCCUAUAUAGUACACUACUUUUGACCAGGGCCCUAUAGAGAAUAGGGUGCCAUUAGGGACGUAGACAAUAUACAGUGGACAUUGAGACUCAGGGAAUGACAUGAUCAUGAAGAACCCUGUCAUCCUCUGUUCUCUUUAUGUUGGGGUCUGCCUGUAUAUACUGGAUGAUGAUGAUGUAAUAGCAUUUCUCUGACUGUUUCACAAUGUUUUGAUUUUUUUUCACUAAAAGUAUUCUGUAUACACUAAAUGUCUUCUUUCAGAUUCAUAUUUCUGCCUCACCCAUGUCUUAGCUGUCACAUACAAUAAAACAAUGAUUGUACAGUCA